AUGGUUGAUCCCCUCAAUAACACCAGUAAGGCUGAGGCUGUUCACACCGUUGAUAGUGACCUAGAAAUCAACAAGGAUGAACAAGGGUUUGCUAAGAAUACCAAUGUUACCGAGGAUGUUAAUGACAUCGACAAUAAUGAGCACCCUAAGGCAAACACUGAAACUGAUAAUAAUGUGGUAGACUUAGAUGAGUACUCUGACGACGAAUUACUUACCUCCUUGAAUCCUAGUGUAGCCAACAGGAUAAUGACAAGAAGAAAAGGCAAAGUUGUUGUCCAAGGUUCACCUAAAAGGAGCACUCAAGUGAACAACCUUGCCAAAGACACUGUCAGGAAGAAGAGUACUUCUGCAAGUCCUGUCAAGAGCAAAGCUGUAACCAAGAGUAAAAGGGUUGGCCCAUCAAAAUCUUGGAGCAAGGUCAUUCCAAAGAAAAGAAAGGAGCGGGAAAUUGUUGAACCUGAAUCUGAUGUUGAAGUGAAUGUCCCUGACAUUCCAUCGAGGAAGAAGCCUACAACCAAUAAGCUUGCUGCUAGUAUUCCUGAAGUUCCCAUUGAUAAUGUGUCCUUCCAAUAUGCCUCUAGUGCCAGCAGAUGGAAGUAUGUUCUCCAAAAGAGUUUGGCUGUUGAAAGGGAAUUGGCUCCAAAUGCUCUUGAAAACAAGGAGGUCUUAGAGCUGAUUCAAGAAGCUGGACUACUAAAAACUGUGUGCAAUCUUCCCAAAUUUUAUGAGAAGAUGGUUAAAGAAUUUGUGGUAAACCUAUAUGUAGAUUGUGGCAACAGCAGGACUGUAGACUACAGAAAAGUAUUUGUAAGAGGUAAGUGUGUAUCGUUCUCUCCUUCUGUGAUUAAUAAAUUCUUGGGAAAAACAGAUGAAGCUCAAGCCGAGCUGGAAGUAACAGACAACCAAGUUUGUCAAGUGAUCACAACCAAACAGGUAAAAAGCUGGCCCAUGAAAGAGAAGUUAACUGCAAGUAAGCUGAGCAUCAAGUAUGCAAUGCUUCCCAAGAUAGGGGCAGCUAAUUGGGUUCCAACAAAUCACAAGUCCACUAUCUCAACUGUGCUUGGUAGAUUUAUGUAUGAUGUAGGAAUAAAGGCAAAAUUUGAUUAUGAAGCAUAUAUUUUUGACCAAACCAUGAAGCAUGCUGGAAGCUUCAGUAUUAAGGGUCCAAUUGCCUUUCCAUCCCUCUUGUGUGGUUUCAUUCUAGAUCAAUACUCAAACAUUCUCAAUGAACAUGAUAUAGUGUGCAAAAGAGAGAGUCCCUUGGCCUUCCAUUACAAACUAUUUCAGGGAAAGCAUGUUCCAGACAUUGUCAUGAUAUCAGCUGAAACGUCCAAAUCUGGAGCAUCAGUCAGCAAAGCAAAAGUCAUAGCAAUGCUAAAAGAGAUUUGCAAAGAACUGGAAUCAAGAAAAAUAUCUCUUGAAAAAAUGAUACGUACUCUGGAAAUGGAUGAGAAUGAGGAAUUUGCAGACACUGAAGAGAUGGAAGAUAAAGAUGAACAAGAAUUGGAAGAAGAAAGUGCUAGUCCGGCUGAUGACUCUGAGAAAGAAAGUUCUUCAGACACCUCAAGUGGGUCUGAAUCUGGGCAGUAA